UCUAGCCAUAAAAUUUGGUGCCUCGCCUUACCUCACUUUCCGACCACAACCAUGUCAGCGUUCAUUUCCCACAACCUUAAACCCGGCGGCAUCAUGGUGUCCCCUUCUCUGCACCACCGUUCCUCAUUCCCUUUGCAACUUUCUUUGAAAGCACCCUUCUCUGCUUCCCAUCCUUUAGUCCUCACCCGAAGACUCUUCCUUCCUUCGGUUUCCGGCAUCUGGGACGCUCUCACCGGCGGCAACAACAACAAUGCCCGCGAAGCCGUUCUCGCAAUUCGACGCGGAAUGCUUCUUUUCCGCCAGGGUGAUGUUUCGGGGUCUCUUGCGGAGUUUGACAAGGCAAUUCAGUUGGACCCUCGUCAAAAGGCGUAUCUUUGGCAAAGGGGCUUAUCACUUUACUACCUUAAUCGAUUUGAAGAGGCAGCUGAGCAGUUUCGGUUAGAUGUUGCCCAAAAUCCAAAUGACACUGAAGAGUCCAUAUGGUGCUUUCUGUGUGAAGCUCAACUGUUUGGAGUGGAUGAAGCAAGGAAGCGAUAUCUUGAGGUUGGCAGAGACCCAAGGCCAGUCAUGCGGGAAGCAUAUAACAUGUUUAAAGAUGGUGGGGAUCCAGAAAAGCUUGUAGCUGCAUUCUCUGGUAGCAGAGAAGGUGAAUAUUUUUAUGCUUCAUUAUAUGCUGGGCUUUAUUACGAAUCUCAGAACGGAACAGAUGCUGCUAAAGUUCAUAUAGUUGCUGCAUGCCAGUCUCCUUAUGGGCAAAGGUCUGAUGAUUAUAUGGCCUCUCUUGCCAAGGUUCACUGUCGCUGUCGAAAUUGGGUCUUCAACUAAAACUUUUUUCAGUGUGUCCAUUGUGCACGACGAAGCUCAUUCAUAAGUUUCUCUAUACACUACUCACAGCUUCUUGUGAGUUACUGUGCUACUGGAACGGUUAAAAGAAUUUAUCAUAUUCCUUUUUUCCUUAACCUUUUCACUUUGAUUUUGUGGUCUAUAUGAAUAUUAGUAGACUGGUAGAAAGUUUUUAAACAUGAGAUUUCUUUUAACAGUGAAAUUAUCUUUUAGGUGAGUAAACUACUAUUUGGUUUCUAAAAACACUUCUAAGAGAAAAAAAAUAGGAAGAAAAAGAUGAAAUGAACAACUUCUCCAUAAGAAAAAUGAGUUUUCCAUUAAUUAAUUUAUAGAAACUCUCAUAUAACUACUCUAAAAGAUGAAAGAACAUCUACAAAAUUAGUUAAUGGUUAGUUAAUGGAGAAACUCUAUUGGCCUUAUGAAAAUGUUCAUUUCAUUUUUUUUCUUAUUUUCUUUUAUUAGAAGUGAUUUUAGAAAAACUUAUUCAAACAAACCCUGAAUCCAUUACUCACGAUCAAUACCUACAACUCUUGUCUUGUAAGGAUUAUAAUGAUUGUUUCCUGUUUAGGUUAGGUGACUUGCAAGUAUUUAGGUAUGGAUUUAUUUUAGUGAGUUAUAUUUAGGUAUGGACGAUGAUGUGCAAUACCACAUAGAUAUCAAUAUUUUA